GCAGAGAUGCACUUCAAAGUCCCACAGACAGACACCGACUUGACACUUGUGUGCGCUCUGUUUAUUUUUCGCUUGUGUGGCCAAAAUCUAACGUUUAGCUUGCAAUUUGCUAUCUUUGAUUAUUAGACGAAUCGCAUUUGGAUGUUGUUUCCAUCUGGGUUUGCGUUUAAAAGCCGAAUCCGUGGAUAUAUUUAUGUUUUUCCCCCGCUGCUAGCUUUUGGAAGCGCGUUUUGGUGAUUGAAGGAAUGGAUGCGCAUGCAGCUCCGCAGAGAGAGUGCUCGUCCGCAACAGGAAGCUAGCCAUGCCUCUCUAGGCCUUCACCCCCUGCUGGGCACCUAAAACCACCUAAAACCGCUCUCAGCCUGCAGGGAUCAUCAUCUGGCAGAUCGAGGACGCUCAAUGUUGGGAAGAAAAAUGGGGGAAAGACGGGCCAGGUCCUUCCACAUGACGUGCCACCUGCAGCGGGACUACGGCAGCAGGCUGGUGGGGCCCUUCACACGGUGCGGACCCAACGGCUACGCCAGCACCAGCCUCAGCCUUGACCAGGAGAUGGAUGCCGACCCUUCUCCAUCUUGCGUGGCCCCCGAAGCCCGCGCGUCUAUCGGAGGCCGCUAUUCUCCUGUUUCACUGGAACUGGACCCCGUGGCAGUGAAUAAUGGAUCAGGCAUCCCCGCGGCGAAGGACCCGGAACUGCACAUCUUGCAUGGUCAACCGUCCGUCGCCCAGGCGCCGCCGCCGCUGCCGCGUUCAAGCUGGCUGCAUCACCACCAAAAGGAGUUCCAGCGGCCGUACGUCAAGACUAGCAUGCAGGGCGAUGUUUACAACUUCCUUGAGAGACCUUCUGGACUGAAAUGCUUCCUCUAUCACUUCCUUGUCUUCCUCAUGGUCCUGGUGUGUCUCAUCUUCAGUGUCCUGUCCACCAUCGAGCAGUAUGCAGACUUUGCCGCCGGAUCGCUUUUCUGGAUGGAAAUUGUGCUGGUGCUGUUCUUUGGAACGGAGUACGUGGUACGGCUGUGGUCUGCCGGCUGUCGCAGCAAAUACGCCGGCAUCAAAGGACGCCUUCGCUUCAUCAGGAAGCCCAUAUCAAUCAUAGACUUGAUUGUGGUCAUUGCCUCCAUUAUUGUGCUCGCUGUGGGUUCCAAUGGACAAGUCUUUGCCACAUCUGCCAUCAGGGGCAUCCGCUUCCUGCAAAUCCUGCGUAUGCUACAUGUGGACAGGCAGGGGGGAACGUGGAGGCUGCUGGGAUCUGUAGUCUUCAUCCAUCGACAGGAAUUGAUCACCACCUUAUACAUCGGCUUCCUGGGCCUCAUCUUCUCAUCCUAUUUUGUCUACUUGGCUGAGAAGGAUGCUGUAGACGAGGAGGGCAAGACGGGCUUCUCCAGCUAUGCCGAUGCCCUGUGGUGGGGCGUGGUGACGGUGACCACAAUCGGCUACGGAGACAAGAUCCCUCAAACGUGGAUCGGCAAGGCCAUCGCCUCCUGCUUCAGCGUCUUCGCCAUCUCCUUCUUUGCUCUGCCAGCUGGAAUCCUGGGUUCAGGGUUUGCCCUGAAGGUCCAGCAGAAGCAGAGACAGAAACACUUCAAUCGACAAAUCCCUGCAGCGGCCUCACUCAUCCAGACACUUUGGCGAUGCUAUGCGGCGGAGAAACCCAAUGGCUGCGUGGCGACGUGGAAAAUGUACGUGCUAACUCCCGAGGCCAUCACUGUGGUGGAACCGGACAACUCCAGUCCCAACAUCCGGAAGCUCAACAUAUCGAAAAAGGGCACAAAAAGAAGGCUGAAGUCAACACGAGGUAACGGCUCCAUCGGCGUGUCCUCCGAGAGGGCCGUGUCCAUCCCUCAGAUCACCUAUGAUCACAUUGACGACUCUGAGGAGAAGAAAGACGUCUCCUUCUUCAUGCAGGAGCCCACUGGCACUGUGGAAGGAAUCCCCAGGAUGUUCAAACAAACCGGUCCCUGUCAUCAUUCUUGGUCGUCUUUCACUCUGAGCUGCCCUUCCUCUCCAGUGAAGAGGAACCAUGGCAACAGAAUGUCCGUCGACAUCACCCGCGCUAGCAGCCUAACCGACGAGCUGGACUGCAUGUGUGAGGACAUCCCGCUCUCCGUGGUGUCCGACAACACUCAUCUUUUGACCUGCCCCUUCGUGGCAUCGGUCCAGGACUCUUUCUCCACACACCACUUGAAUUCCACAAGGUUGUCUCACGCCCAGAGGUCAGCGGUGAAAGUCCUGCGUCGAAUGCAGUACUUUGUGGCCCGCAAGAAGUUUCAGCAAGCACGUAAGCCCUACGAUGUUCGGGACGUGAUCGAGCAAUACUCGCAAGGCCAUCUCAACAUGAUGGUGCGCAUCAAGGAGCUGCAGAGAAGGCUGGACGGCACACUGGGAAAGCCUGGAAUGUUCCUCCCAGGUAAAGGGGAAGAUAAGGAAUUCCCGACGAUCGGAGCACGACUGAUCCGUCUUGAAGAUAAGGUGCAUCAGAUGGACCAGAAAAUGGACUCGGUUCUGCGGAUCCUGACGGAACAGUUCCUGCCCAAACCGGAGCUGAUGUCCAAGCCCUCCAUCCGCAGGGUGACCAUCCAGAAGCGCAUGGGUAUUAGCAUUGACGAAGGACCCUGAGAUGAGGAUGACAUCACUAAAAGACGCUGAGAAAGGAGCAUGAGAUCAUUCAAACCAUGACUCGGUCUUCCAUACUCUUCUUUCUGAACAACCUGGACAUCUGACACCAAGGGCAGGAAUCAUGGUGGGUCUUCUUAUCCAAAUCCAUAGUUGUUGUUUUUGUCAGUCGGAGCAACGUGAAGUCAUUCCAGCUUCCAAAGCCGUGACGCCACUCGUGUAUUUCACUGUUCGGCCUCCUCAUCGCUCACGUCUCGCCAUUUAUGCGCGCCCGUUCCUCUUCUCCUAAUAUUACUCCCCAGCUAACGAGCGAGCAAUGAAAGUGCUGGCGUUCCCCCAAAUGGGGGAGUCCAAGGCAUGCUGCGUUUUUCUUGGCAUCUAGACUUAGAAUGUGUUAGUUCUAAUGACGCCAGGGAAAUGGAGUACUGUGCCCCGCGCGAAGGAGACCCAAUGAGUCCAAUUUGUCUACUUGACUUAAAUCCGGCGGCUCUUCAAAAUAUCAGAUUGGAAUUACCCGGAAUAUGGUUCAAAAGUGGAUCAAUAAUCCAGCAGGUGAACACGGUCAUGAAGAAUCAAACCAUUUGUUUUUGUUUUUUAAACGUGUUUUAAAAACGUGUAAACAAGCAAUUGGAAUGUCGUCAAAAGUAGCAAAAAUGCAGUUCAACAUUCAAGUGCUGCAGACAGCAAACAUUCAGUCUGCCCUUAAACCAUGCUAAUUAGCCACCAUUAUCCAGCACCAACGGAGGCAUGCAUGCAAGCAAGCCGUCUUCCAGGUGAAUCAAAAUAUGAGGUUUUGCCGCAUGCCAGGCAUUAAUAUUAACAGCACGUGGACACGGGGUGUUUCCGACCUGACAAUGUUGUGUAUUUACGGCGGAGCAAGGCAUCUGUUUUUCUGCAUUUUCUUAUUCUAAAAUGAUUGUUUUCAAUACCAGUGUAACCGAAAGGGCUUGAAGAGUGUGAAUGUUUAUUUAUUAUUUAUUAUUCUUAUUUAUUUUAAACUGAAUGAAUAUUAAAAUAAAGUAAUGACUAAAUAAGAAUUAAUAAAGAACAAAACAAAUGCAACAAUAUGCAAUAAUAAUAAUAAUAAUAAUAAUAAUAAUAAUAAUAAUAAUAAUAAUAAUAAUAAUAAUAAUAAUAAUAAUAAUAAUAAUAAUAAUAAUAAUAAUAAUAAUAAUGGGCGGCACGGCGGACGAGUGGUUAGCUAGGAGGAUCAUGGUUCGAUUCCACCCUCUGCCAUCUCUGUGUGGAGUUUGCAUGUUCCGGGUACUCCGGUUUCCUCCCACAUUCCAAAAACAUGCUAGGUUAAUUGGCCACUCCAAAUUGUCCAUAGGUAUGAAUGUGAGUGUGAAUGGUUGUUUGUCUAUAUGUGCCCUGUGAUUGGCUGGCCACCAGCCCAGGGUGUACCCCGCCUCUCGCCCAAAGACAGCUGGGAUAGGCUCCAGCACCCCCGCGACCCUCGUGAGGAAAAAGCGGUAGAAAAUGAAUAAUAAUAAUAAAUUAAUAAAUUAAUAAAUUAAUAAAUUAAUAAAUUAAUAAAUUAAUAAAUUAAUAAAUUAAUAAAUUAAUAAAUUAAUAAAUUAAUAAAUUAAUAAAUUAAUAAAUUAAUAAAUUAAUAAAUUAUGCAUCCAUCCAUUUUCUAUGGAUGGAUAGAAAAAAAUCAUCAUUAUCCUCAUGAUAUUAUUAUUAUUGUAUUACUGUAUUUAUUUCCAGAAGAGAUGCAUGACGAAUGUGGAGUAUGGGUAAAUAUGUACCGCUACACCCCUAUUAUAGAUAUCAUUUUCACCAAACAUAUACGUUGUUUUUGGAGGAAAAGUGAUAGAAAUCAAUGUAUAUUGUUUAAGAUGAUAUGAAACAUAUAUGAGGGAAGUAUGUUUUGUUCCCCUCGCGUAUAAAAGGCCUGAUGUGCUGUAUUUAUAACCCACGUGUAAGCACCAGCUUAUCUUUUGGUUGAUGUUGAAAUGUCGCUUGCAUUUGAAAGAGAAUCGAACAUAUCGUGGACACACCAUCGGUCAGCCUCUGCGUUUGCUCUGGUGUACACUUUUGUACAAGAUGUAAAUAGAGACAUUGCCUUAUUGUACUGUAUUUAUUAUCAUGUGGAAACAUCGCAGCUGGAACCAGUCUGCUUUCUGGGCAGUGAUGAGAAACACAGAGAGCGAGGCUCCCGUGUGCUGCAGAUGGAUGGAAAUGAUUGUAAAUGAUACUCACGCACACGCUCUGCAUUGGAGCCAUGCUGUAAAUAAAGUCCAUUUCAUUACUGCCGUCAUUUGCUUCCAUCUGAGGGUUUUACAGUUUUUAACCAUUUCUCCUCCUGCUUUCAUGCCAAGGCCAAGGUUUUGGCGUGUACAGGUGAGCUAUCAUUGGUUUGUUGCAGUAUACUCUUUUACAAACAAGCAUGACAAAACAGUCUUGAAACACACGUAUACUGUACACAUAUGUAUAUGCACCAUUAUUUUAAUAACCAAUUAAUGGGUAGAUUUUUAUUAUUUUUUCGAUGAAUCCGAUUUUUUUUCCAAUAGCUUCAGUAAAAGAAUAAAGGUACACAAAUAUACAAUCAUGAGCAUUUUCUUACUCGAUUAAUCUGAAGCUUGUUUCAAUUAAUGGAGGUCAUGUACGCUAUGGACCAAAUUAAUAUGAAGUAAACACCUAGUUAGUGGUCGGGUCCCUGACAUAUCAUCAAAAAGGCAAAAAUGCCCAUUAUUGUUUUCCAAAGUCAAAUAUAUGUGUGAAUAUAACACAAAAAUAACAUGGCUGCUCUCAUGGAUGAACAUUUUAAAAUAUUUUACUUAAUUAUAUUUAAAUUUAAAAACACACUUCAAUGUUUCAGGUCAUCAAACACAUUUAAAUAUUAGUAUAUCAAGUGGAUAUUAAAUAAAACUUUUUAUUAUUAAGGGAGAAAAA